AUGAAGAAACGGAACUCACGUGAUUCCAAGCAGAUUGAAGAAUAUGUUCACUGUACAAAUACACGUUUGCAUGGUGAACGUGGACUGAAACUGAUGAAAGAAAUACCACUAAGCCAAUUUUUGCCAUUGAAACACUGUUUCAACAAGAAAGCAGAGACCUAUCAAAAUAUAGUGUCCAAUUACUCAGAAGAGAAAUGUUUGGAGUAUUUACCACCAGUUGACAAAGAUGUGAUAAAAUAUUUUGGAGAAACUGGAGAAUUGCAUAAAGUGAUUGAUCAAAUAAACGAUAACAUAGUUUGGCUGAAUCAUCUUUCAUUUGAAAACCAAUAUCUGUCAGAUAUUGUUAAGGAGAUUGAUAGUCAAUUUGAAACACGUGGAUUUCCUUUAACAAUUCUGAUUAUUGGUGUAAUGCUUGGAGUAUUUUUGAUUGGAGUCGUGUGCUCGGUGUUGAUGUAUCGUUGA